CUAUCUGGGUCAUUGUAAUUCUAGGGGAAUGCCUCUGGGCCUUUUCGGCUCCUCCUCAAAACCACAGCCACUAACCAGCCUCGAUAGCGGUGGCUAUAAAGAGAGGAAGGAUUCGUCGGAGAAGGAUGGACGUGGCACUGUACUUCGACUCGAGAAUACUACCGUCACUAUUGAAAAGAAACUGGCGGAAGGGGGAUUUGCGAUUGUCUAUCUGGUCAGUGACAAGCAAAAUCGUUUCUAUGCGCUAAAGCGGCAAUUCAUCAAUGAUGAUAACAAGCAGGUUGAAGCAUGUCGCCGAGAAUCUCAGAUUGUUAGUAGCUUGAAAGGCCACAAAAAUAUUGUUAGCUAUGUGGAUCACUUACUCGCCAAGAACAAAUCUGGAAUCUACGAUUAUAUGCUUUUGACAGCCUAUUACAAGACGAGUGUACUUCAACUCAUGAACGAUCGCCUUGCAGUAGGGCAGAGUCUGCGGUCCAGUGAAGUUCUAUCAAUAUUCUGCGAUAUGUGCGAGGCUGUUGCUAGACUGCAUCACUCCGUGACACCAAUUAUUCAUCGUGAUUUGAAGGUGGAAAAUAUUCUGAUUGAUGAGCGAAAUAGGGCGGGACCCCCGCUUUAUGUCUUAUGUGACUUUGGGAGCGCCACUACGAAAAUAUUAUGUAGCAAUAAUUACUCCAUAAGUUUUAUUCAAGAUGAAAUUGAGAAAUACACCACCCUAAGCUAUAGAUCUCCCGAAAUGAUUGACCUAUAUUGCGGAAAACCGAUAGGCACUAAAUCUGAUACUUGGGCAAUGGGUGUCAUGCUCUAUAAGUUAUGCUAUUUCUGCCUUCCUUUUGGUGAAUCAGCUAUGGCUAUUCAAAAUGGAGCGUUCACGUUUCCCAACGAGCCUAGUCAUCCAGAUUCGAUCAAGACCAUCAUAAAGUGUCUGCUGAAUGCAGACAUAGAAAAACGGCCUAGCAUUUACCAGUGUUCAACUUUGGCAUUCGCUGCAGCUGAGAGAGUUUGUCCAGUCCGUAACGUUAGAGGAUGUCGCAAACCGUCCCUCACAACUGCGAUGCAAUGCUUUCGUUCUGGCGUAGCAUCUAUGUUUGAGGACGAACCAGAAGAUCAAGUUGAUUACGUCAGCUCCACGCAGCAAGUUGACACAGCUACUAUCGUUUCACUUGCUCCGGAUCGUCUGCUAGGAAACGUAUGUGCGCAAACCACUUCGGUGCAACCUCGAUUACGUCCAAAACCCUCUGCUAGCGCCGGUGCCGUUCCAUUCAUCGUUGCAGAUCCAAAGGUGCUGCCUUCUUUUGGAGCUCCUGAUAGUAGUGCAGUAGGUGAGCCGAGAAGCAGCUGUCAAGAAAAGUUGAGUUCGACCAAAGCUACGGUGUUGCCUUCUGAUCUCGGUUUCACAGAUCUUGAAGUAGCGAUACCGUCUCCAGACUUGCACGAGAUAGUUGAAUCAUCACGAGGAAGCGCCAAUGCAAACCCAUUUGAGCAACUUCAAAAUGCUCCAUCUACUUGGCCUUCACCUCCUCCUGAAGAGUCAACUUCAUCCACCACUUCUUUGCCUCUGUCUGGAAAAGAAGCGAAAGCAGCAGUUGUGCAGUCUCAUCGAAGGAACACAAGCGACACUUCGCACAUAAUACGUAGCGCCUUCAAACCGUAUAGUCAAUGGAAAGGGACCGAACCGCUCUCAUAUAAUCAAACGUCGGUGUCCAGCACGGGUUUAGACAAUGUUUCUUCGUCCAAGAAUGAAGAAUGCUGGAAUCCCUUCCUCGCAGCUCCUUUUGGAAGCAGUCAGACAAUGGAUGAUAGUCAUUUCGGGAAGUGCUUCGACGAGUUGCCACGAAAGAGUGAAAAGGAAAAAGAAAUGACUGAUUCAACGCGUGAUAUCGACCAGUGCUCAAUAGACUCCAUGGAUCCAUUCGGUGCUGCACCUUUUGAUCCGCCCUGUUGUGAGGACGCUAAUUUAGAAGAUGAAGCAGAAUUGGCUACCAAAGAAAAAGAUGAUGGAGAUUCUGUGGGAUCAGCAUCCGAUCUGCGCGGACGCGCAGUGGAUGAAGACAGUGAACAGGAUGAACAGCGAAUGGUUGCACGACGACGUUUCAGCUAUGAAAAUAUUGAUGGAGUAGGUGAUGAUGCAAGCAGUGACAGCCGCGGGCGCACAGAUCACGACAGUACUGAUGAAAUCAGUAAGAAUGAAGAGGAAUCAUCUUUUGACGAGUUUAACGGCGAUUGCGAGUCCUCGCAACACACCGAUGUAGCGGGUGCAAGUGACGAUGAUGGCACUGGUAGUCGACCACUUCUCGAGGAUGAUGCUCUUGAUGAUGAUGAAGAAGAAAUCUUCGACGGGCUUUCUUCAUCACAAGAACAACAGCUCCAAGAUGCCACCAAAUCCUUGUUCAUUAAUGCAGACUUUGACGCUGUUGCUUCGCGAAGAAACACAAACCCUUUUCUUGUGUCUGCUUCGGACGAAACUCCCAAAAUUUCACCAAUAAUGGAACAGUCUAUGCCUCCUGUUAGUGUAUCUUCGAUUUGGAUAGGUAAGGAGAAUGCUACAGUUGCUCCUGGAUUUAGCGAUGUGCAACCAACAUACUUCCCGCCUAGGUUCGUUCCUCCACCGCCCAAUCCUGUUAGUUAUACUUAUGCUCCCGCUACUCUUCCCCGCCAGUCAACUCCACUAACGGCAACACCACGUGCUGUACCGAGGCUACCAAUCCCUAUGGAUACCAUGAUAAUGGAGUCGUCUCGAACAAUGCCCUCUGUACCUGUUAUCCCUACACAACCUGUUAUUUCUCAUUCGUUUUAUCAGACGCCUGCGUCGAUACAUGUACCAGCACCUGGUCCUAUCUUCACAAAUAUUCCUUCCACUUUUGUUGAACCGGUUCCUCCUCCACCCAUCCCGCUCAAGCCUUCCUUCCCCGCCUUUACCGAACAUACCGAGGAUUUGAAACCAAAUCCUCCUUGCACAGUCAAAAACGUCGGUCCCGAUUUUAUUGAAGGUCCCAAAACACCCAAGCCGAAGAAAAGCAAAGAGAAAGACAAAAAACGGAUUGAUGUUCCGUUUAGCGGAAGUGAAGUAGAAACGGAUGGAAGUGAAGCCGAAAUGAUGUGCACGAGUACGUCAAGCGAGAAGGCUAUGUCAAAGAAGAAGAGGAAGUCUUUUGGGCUACUUGGCUCGAAUCCCUCUGUUGCUCCACUAGAUAUGAAGCUAUCUAAUGCACCAACUACAGCUUUGAAGAAAUCAUCUGGCAAAAAGUCCUCUACUUCUGCGAGCUCGUCACGCAAGGCUAGUGGUGUACUGAAUGCGAGUUUUGUGAACAGCUCGUUCCUGGCUGAGGAUCUUGAGUCUCCUCCAAAGCAGCACACACUUCGUCUUUGAGAGUAAUAUAUUUCUAUCAUCGCAUCUCCAGUUUAGUUUGAUUCAGUCUCCUGCCAAGAGUUAUAACCUUAUUAUCGUUCAGCUUUUCUUAUCUGCAUUCACUAUCUUGCAUCAGUAUUACUGUCUUUUCAAACUGAAUUGCAAGAACGAUGCUCUUGGUCUGAAUUCUCGUGUACACUAACUAUCUAUACAUAACUAGUUAAUUAUACACCCGUUCGCUUCAUAGCAGAAGUAGUCUUUCACUUUUGUUGUACGCUUUACAGUAUUUCCUAACUUAUUAUGCUUGUCACUCACAUGCAAAGAAACAGUUUUCAUUACAUAUCUUUUCCUUAUUAUCACAAUUUUUUUCUCUCGUUGUCUUCUCAAUGAUGUCUUGAGCACUGCCAUGUGCAGUUUUAGACUUAUUGUGGCAUAAUGUUAUAGAGCGUAGCAGGUUCCGUUUCUCAUUCUCCCGGUAUGUACUACAUAUAUUUUUCGAAUAUGUGAUCUGCUUUGAGUCAGUUUUUUUUUCGAUUGUACACAUCUUAGACCAUAAUAAUAGGUUGUUUCCAUAUUUUUUGUUUUUUGUCCCAUGGUCAAGAAAUUAUCAAAAGUCUGGAAACAUCCUUGCCCUAAAGGUAACCGGUGUUGGAAUUUUUUGUGCCUAGUCGGUAUGAAUCCCAACGUAAUUUGUUCACUUAAAUCUAUAUCCGUUAAAUCUAGAAACUGAAUGUUGCCCACUCUCUUCUUUUUAAUUGUGCUGUUAUGAAUCUGUAAAAUGCAAUCCUUCACAAAUUCACUGGCUGAUUAUACUUGUAAUGCUUUAACAAUAUCAGUUGACGAACAGGUCAUGUAGUUACUGCACCCAAAAAAUAAAUUUUCCGAUCUGGCUC